CUGUUGCUCUGCUUCCGUGUAUUAUCAUUUUUCUGAGAGAGAGAGAGAGAGGGAGAGAGAGAGAGGCUUCUGAGAGAUGUCGAAUGCAGCAGCGGGCGCAACGGAAGAAGAAGAAGAAGAGCGGCAGCGGCGUCAGAGGAAGCUGGAAGAAGCUCUUGAAGUCAAAUCCCUUAGGCGUAUCAUCAGCGCCUAUCUAAAUUAUGCAGAUGCUGCUGAAGCGGAUGUGAGAAGAUAUGAAAGAUCCUUUAAAAGGCUCCCACCUGCUCACAAGGCUCUUCUCUCUCAGUUCCCCUUAAAGUUUCAAAGACUUAGACGGUGUAUCUAUUUGAAUUCAUUUUUCAUCUUGAAUAUGCUUCAGGCAUUCGACCCUCCACUCGACAUGAGCCAAGAUACAGACAUCUGCGAACAUGAAACUCUAGAAAAUAUCCAUGAGGAUCAUAUACAAUUAGAAAAUGCCAACUUCAAAGAGAGGAAUUUUAGCUCUGGGCAGCAUGCAUCAACCAGUGGAAGAACUGCUUCUUCUGAAACUGAGCAAUCCGGCUGCAGGGAAGGGAAUGAUAUGAUCAGCAAGUCACCCAAGAGGACUGGUAACGAGGAGAUGCGAAUGGAAAGCUUCUGCGAAUCAGUUAUGGGAAGCUGGUCCCUAAGCUCAGAGUUCAAUGCAGCAAUUCAUAGUGCUGGAGGGGAUGAUGGUGUCAAGGUUGUCAAUGAUAAGGAUGGACCUUGUUCUGUUUCUGCUGCCAAUGGAGAUGUUAACUCCCCACCACCAGAUUGGUUGGAUCCGUCAUUACAGCUGAAUGUUCCUCUAGUCGACGUGGACAAGGUGCGAUGUAUUAUAAGGAAUAUAGUGAGGGAUUGGGCACUAGAGGGACAGAGAGAGCGUGAUCAGUGCUAUAAGCCUAUUCUCGAAGAGCUUGAUCGCCUAUUCCCUAAUCGGUGUAAGACAAGACCUCCAUGCUGUUUAGUCCCUGGGGCUGGACUUGGGAGGCUGGCUUUGGACAUUUCCUGUCUUGGUUUUGCAAGCCAAGGAAAUGAGUUCUCUUAUUACAUGAUGAUCUGCUCAAGUUUUAUUCUUAACCAUACACAGACUGCUGGGGAGUGGACAAUAUAUCCUUGGAUCCACAGCAACUGCAACUCUCUUUCAGACGAUGACCAGUUUCGGCCUAUUAAGUUUCCAGAUAUUCAUCCAGCUAGUGCAGGAAUUACUGAAGGCUUUUCCAUGUGUGGUGGCGACUUUGUGGAAGUCUAUAAUGACCUAAGCCAACAUGGAGCUUGGGAUGCUGUGGUGACUUGUUUCUUCCUUGAUACAGCACAUAACAUUGUCGAAUACAUUGAAAUCAUAUCAAGGAUUCUCAAAGAUGGAGGAGUAUGGAUAAACUUGGGGCCCCUACUUUAUCAUUUCGCAGAUACGUAUGGCCCGGAAGAUGAGAUGUCCAUUGAACUCAGUUUGGAAGAUGUGAAGAAGGUUGCUUUUGAUAAUGGAUUUAAAUUGGAGAUGGAGAAGACCAUUGAGACAACUUACACAGCAAACCUUCGAUCUAUGAUGCAGACUCAUUACUUUGCCGCGUUUUGGACAAUGAAGAAAGGAAAGGCUUCUUGAUACCAUCCGUGCCGUCAGAGGUCUUGAUUCUAUUCUUUCACAAUGGAUUUGUAGCAUGAAGGUGCUGCAUUCCAUAUAUAUAUAUAUUUGGAUGUUGAAACUGAGGCAUGUUUGGAUGCCCAAUUGAAUUGAAUUGCAAUAUUUCAAUUCAAUUAGGUGAAAAUGGCUCAAGUGGGAUUAGCCCAAGUCCAUUAAUAAAUAGCUAUUCAGAUAAUUUCAAGUCCAACUCGAAAUGCAUGGAACUGUUAUUAGGGGUUGGUCGUCACGAUGAAUUAAAACAGACCCACUCCUGUCUUUACCUGUCAUUCAAUUGAGUUAUUGCAAUCCAAUCUAGAUGUCCAAACGCUCCCUUGAUGUGAUUGUUGAAUUGUCAGUUUUUAGAAACAGUUAAGAGAUUUGGGUAGAAAAGGGUGAUAUACUCCAUCUGUGAAGGAAUGUAAUACAAUUAAUUAUCUUGUCCAUAUUUUUGAUGGGAUGUUCAGGUGCGGGCCAGAGAUGCAUGAAUUUCAACAGAGACGCUUAGUCAUUAUUCUAA